UCAAACUUCUUAAGCAUCGUGUCGGUUAUUUAUUUAUUUAUAUUAUAAUUGUAUUAAUUAUUUAGGCGAGCACAAUUGUCCAAUUGGAAACAUGCCAAAGGAGCAGUUUCGCGCAUCUGCGCUGAACAAAAAGAUUUCACAUGUGCAGUUCGGAAUCAGCGGCGCCGAUGAAAUCCAACAGGAGGCUCUGGUGCGGAUUAUCUCGAAGAAUCUGUACCAGGCCCAGCGGCAGCCGGUGCCCUACGGCGUCCUGGAUCGCCGGAUGGGCAUCAGCACCAAGGAUGCCAUGUGCGACACCUGCGGACAGGGCUUGAACGAGUGCAUCGGCCACUUUGGCUACUUGGAUCUGGCGCUGCCGGUCUUUCACAUCGGCCACUUUCGUUCCACCAUCAACAUACUGCAGAUGAUUUGCAAGGUCUGUGCCCAUGUGAUGCUCAAGCCCGAGGACCGGCAGUUGUACGAGAAGAAGCUGCACAACCCGAACUUCUCGUAUUUGGGCAAGAAGGCGCUGCAUGUGCAGAUGUUGGCCAAGGCCAAGAAGGUAACCAAAUGCCCGCAUUGUGGCUCGCCAAAUGGUGGCGUUAAGAAGGGGCCGGGUCUCCUGAAAAUCCUCCAUGAUCCGUACAAGGGACGCAAAAUGGACUUGCUCUUCACCAGCAACAUGAACGAGAUGCUGCACUCCACGCAGGCGAAUCGUGACCUCAACUCAACGCUGGGCAAUUACAGCACAGCCGAGGAGCUGACCCCACUCAUGGUGCUCGACCUCUUCGAACAGAUACCCCAGCGAGACGUGGCCCUGCUGGGUAUGUGCUCGCACGAUGCUCAUCCAAAGCACUUGAUUGUCACCCGCGUAUUUGUGCCGCCCGCAUGCAUCCGUCCGUCGGUUUUGUCCGAAGUAAAGGCCGGCACCACGGAGGACGAUCUGACCAUGAAACAGAGUGAAAUUCUGCUCAUCAAUGAUGUAAUUCAGCGUCACAUGGCCACCGGGGGAAAGAUCGAGCUGAUACACGAGGAUUGGGACUUUCUGCAACUUCAUGUCGCCCUGUAUUUCCACAGUGAGAUCAGCGGAAUCCCCAUUAAUAUGGCUCCAAAGAAGACGACGCGCGGAAUCGUACAGCGUUUGAAGGGAAAGCAGGGACGCUUUCGUUGUAAUCUAUCGGGAAAGAGAGUGGAUUUCAGCGGACGCACUGUCAUUUCACCAGAUCCCAACUUGAUGAUCAACCAGGUUGGAGUACCAGUGCGCGUGGCCAAGAUUCUCACAUACCCCGAGCGCGUGAAUCCAGCCAAUAUAAGGCACAUGCGGGAACUGGUGCGCAACGGGCCAAGCAUGCACCCGGGCGCCAACUAUGUGCAGCAGCGAGGAUCGAGCUUUAAGAAGUACCUUGCCUACGGCAAUCGUGAGAAGGUGGCGCAGGAGCUGAAGUGCGGCGAUGUCGUGGAACGACAUCUGCGCGACGGAGAUAUCGUGCUGUUUAACCGCCAGCCGUCGCUGCACAAGAUGUCCAUUAUGUGCCAUCGGGCCAAAGUGCAGCCGCAGAGGACAUUCCGCUUCAAUGAGUGUGCCUGUACACCAUACAACGCCGAUUUCGACGGCGAUGAAAUGAAUCUACACUUGCCACAAACGGAGGAGGCCAGAGCCGAAGCACUCAUUCUGAUGGGCAACCAGUCGAACCUGGUGACGCCAAAGAACGGUGAGAUUCUGAUUGCCGCCACACAGGACUUCAUUACCGGCGGCUAUUUGCUCACGCAAAAGGAGGUCUUUCUCACCAAAGAGGAGGCCAUGCAGUUGGCCGCCUGCUUUCUGGCCAACGAAGACUCGACGAUGCAUAUAAAGCUGCCACCACCCGCACUUCUCAAGCCGCGUCGUCUGUGGACGGGCAAGCAAAUGUUCAGCCUGCUAAUGCGUCCUAAUGACGACUCCCAAGUGCGUCUCAAUAUGGUCAACAAGGGUCGCAACUACACGGGCAACAAGGAUCUCUGCAGCAAUGAUUCCUGGAUUCAUAUACGUAACUCGGAGCUGAUGUGCGGCGUCAUGGAUAAGGCCACCAUGGGUUCGGGCACCAAACAGUGCAUCUUUUACUUGCUGCUAAGAGACUUUGGCGAAUUGCAUGCCACCAAGGCCAUGUGGCGACUGGCGAGGAUCGCAUCCUACUUUCUGCAGAAUCGCGGCUUCUCAUUUGGCAUCAGCGACGUAACGCCGAGCAAGAAACUGCUGCAGCACAAGGAAUUGCUCCUGAACAAUGGUUACGCCAAGUGUAAUGAGUAUAUUGACUUGCUCAAGGCUGGAACCCUGCAGUGCCAGCCUGGUUGCACGCCCGAGGAGACCCUGGAGUCCGUCAUGCUGCGGGAAUUGUCGGCCAUCCGAGAACAGGCUGCCAAGACAUGCUUCGCCGAGCUCCAUCCCACGAACAGCGCACUGAUAAUGGCGCUCAGCGGCUCGAAGGGUUCGAACAUCAACAUAUCCCAGAUGAUUGCGUGCGUGGGACAGCAAGCCAUUAGUGGCAAACGAGUGCCCAAUGGGUUCGAGAAUCGUGCAUUGCCCCACUUCGAAAGGCACUCUGCGAUCCCCGCGGCCAGGGGUUUCGUACAGAAUAGUUUCUACUCCGGCUUGACGCCAACGGAGUUCUUCUUCCACACAAUGGCUGGUCGUGAGGGUUUGGUGGACACAGCUGUGAAGACCGCCGAGACUGGUUAUCUGCAGCGACGUUUGGUCAAGUGCCUCGAGGACCUGGUGGUCCACUACGACGGCACAGUGCGCAAUGCUGUCAACGAGAUGGUGGAUACCAUCUACGGUGGCGAUGGCCUGGAUCCCGUGUCCAUGGAGACGCGCAACAAACCAGUUGAUCUAGUCCAUCAGUAUGACAAUCUGCGUGCGCAGCAUCCGCAGGGCAAGGAUCGUCCACUUAACGCCGAGGAAAUGUCUGAGGCUUUGGAAACGCUUUUGAAAACACCUGAGUUUGCCGAAGCCCGCGACGAUUUCAAAUUGGAUGUGCGGAACCACAUCAACACAGUGUCCAAGCGCAUUGGGCAAUUGCAGAAACGCUACGAGAAGUGUAUCAACCUGUGCCACCAGAUUGAGUGCCUCACCACCGAGCAGCUGCUGCAGUUUGUGCGCCGGAUAAAUGAUCGAUACAACCGAGCUGUUACCGAGCCUGGCACAGCAGUGGGCGCCAUUGCUGCGCAGAGUAUUGGCGAGCCGGGCACCCAGAUGACGCUCAAGACGUUCCAUUUCGCUGGUGUCGCAUCGAUGAACAUCACCCAGGGUGUACCACGUAUUGUGGAGAUUAUCAAUGCGACGAAAACCAUAUCGACGCCAAUCAUAACUGCCGAGCUGGAGAAUUGCCAUAGCAUGGAGUUUGCGCGGCAAGUCAAGGCGCGCAUUGAGAAAACCACUUUGGCGGAGCUGUCCUCGUACGUUGAAGUCGUAUGCGGACCAUACAGCUGCUACCUGGCGAUCGGUGUCGAUAUGGCCAGAAUUAAGCUACUCGGCCUACACAUUGAUCUGGACACAAUUGUAUUCAGCAUUCUGAAGUCGCGUAUGCGCGUCAAGCCGACGCAGGUGGAGGUUGUUGCCAGCCAAUCGCGCAUUGUGGUUCGUGUGGAAGCCACGCGAACGUCGACCAUAAAUGCAGAGUUGGCGCGCCUAGCGCUCUGUCUGCAAAACGUCGUGGUGGCGGGACUGCCAAACAUCAAUCGUGCCGUCAUUGCUGUCGAUGAUGCACGGCAGCCGCCCACGUAUAAGCUGUGCAUUGAGGGCUAUGGACUUCGCGAUGUCAUCGCCACGUACGGUGUGGUGGGCAAACGCACCAGGAGUAACAACAUUUGCGAAAUCUAUCAGACGCUGGGCAUCGAAGCUGCCCGAACCAUCAUUAUGAGCGAGAUCACCGAGGUGAUGGAGGGCCACGGUAUGAGCGUCGAUUGGCGCCACAUCAUGCUCCUGGCCAGCCAAAUGACGGCGCGUGGCGAGGUGUUGGGUAUCACGCGACACGGCUUGGCCAAAAUGCGUGAGAGUGUCUUCAAUUUGGCAUCGUUUGAGAAGACGGCGGACCACUUGUUCGAUGCGGCAUACUACGGCCAGACGGAUGCCAUCAAUGGGGUUUCGGAGCGCAUUAUCCUGGGAAUGCCAGCGUGCAUUGGCACUGGCAUCUUCAAGUUGCUACAACUCCACGAGGACAAACAGGUGCCACCCAUUGAGCCCACCAUCUGCAGUUCCCUGAAUCUGGUGCCAAGCAAAACCACAUAAGAAGCGGGCCUUCUUGACGUUAUACUGGUGUGGGCCUCCCAAACCAGGAGUAACAAAAUUUGCGAAAUCUAUCAGACGCUGGGCAUCGAAGCUGCCCGAUCCAUCAUUCUGAUAAAUGUAAAUAAAUAAAUAGUACAUAUUUUUAUUCUGUCGAGCUAUGUUAAACAAA